UUUGUGUGACACAUCGCUUGUCGAUAAUUCACUUUGCCGGAUGCAAAUUGAUUUCUAUUUAUUUAUACCCGUGCUCAAGCGAAGCAGUCGGCAAGUGAAAAUGUUCGUAAGACACUCGAAUGAACGAAUAUUUAUUCGCUGUUUGUGAAGAUGCUCAAAGAGAAUCGAUUAGUAAUACAGUUGUUAGACAAUGAUGGCUUGCGGAAACCGUAGAACGUAUGGCAAACAAACAAACGAAAAAACAUAUUCAAAUGCGAAGCUUAAUAUGUUCUCGAUGAAAAGGUGUAUCGGCUACGACCAUUGGACCACCAAGAAGAAGACCUACCUCUCAUUUGCAAUGUCUUUUACGGCUUUGCUGAUACUUGCAAGCGUGGCAGUUGUUGUCAGCAGCGAUGCUUACUUCGACACUAGUGGCAGAAAUUUGUAUCAGCUGAAUGUACUUUCGGAGUACGAACUUGAGCGUUAUGCAUUCCCACCGGUACUGCCGCACUCGGAAAUGGAGAUCGACAAGCUGACCGAUUUUCGUGGCGAAACGAUACUGUAUAGAAUCUCAUCAGGACCAAAGUCACCAAAACGAGUUGACAAGAAACCAGUGUUCAUCGAGAAUGGUAUACUCUGUGACAACGAUCCCUGCGAAGUGAAUAAACCGAAAAUUGCUGUUGCUUACAUACUCGUGGAUCGUGGUUACGACGUAUGGCUUGGUAUUGGCAACACAAGUAUCGCUGAAAAUCCAACAUCGAGCGAGGAAAAUGAAAGGAAGCGAUUGGAACAAGUUGCUCAAUACAUACUGGCUUCAACUCAAGCGGAAGAACUCACGGUUAUGGGUCAUUUCAAUGGCUCGGUACAGUUUUUUGGCAUGACCGCACCGCGUAUUAUCGAGGAAAAGCCCCAGUCAAAAUUUUCUAAAUGGUUGGAGAACAUCCCUGGUGUAAGGGCUAUCAAGACAUGGUACAAAAAGGGAACUGGAUUGAUUUCAAGAGGUUACAAUAACGUUGUCGAGAAAUUUGAUCAUCUCGGGCGCAAAAUCAAUUACAUCGCCGACGACACAAAUAUACGUGAUUUAAAGAAUACAGUGAUGAAAGCCUGGGGAUUUAUGAUGAAUAUGGUGCUGCCGACAUUGUCAAUCAAAAACUUCUCGGAUAUGAUGGAUCAUCCUGAUGUGUUUUUGGAUACUCCCCAACUAAUAAGAAAAUAUGGUUACCAAGCGGAGUCGCAUCAUGUUGAAACAGAGGAUGGUUAUCUAUUGACGGUACACAGGAUACCUGGUAACGAGACGGACAAUACCAACGGAAAACCAGUAGCUUUCCUUCAACACGGGAUUCUCGGUAGUUCUGCUGAUUGGGUUAUACUCGGUCCAAAUCAAUCUUUGGCCUACCUCCUAUGCGACGCUGGCUACGACGUAUGGCUAGGCAACUCACGCGGCAACACUUAUUCAAAAGCCCACGUGAACUUCACGUCAAGUGACUCGAAAUUCUGGGAGUUUUCGUGGCACGAAAUGGGUACGCACGACCUGCCGGCUACAAUCGACCACAUACUCAACGUCACAGGCCAGAAAAAGUUGAAUUAUAUCGGCCACUCACAGGGCGGAAGUAUCUUCUUUGUCAUGCUCUCGGAGAAGCCGCAGUACAAUGGCAAGAUUGACAAGGCUGCUCUAUUCGCGCCUGUCGCCAAUACGACACACUCAGGCAGUCCCAUCAUCGGCGUCUUUUCCAAAAUCUCUACGCCCUUAUAUUACGUGAUUAGAUUCUUCGGAGUGAAUGAUUUUCUACCAACAAAUGCCCUACUGACGAAAAUUGGAAGGGAGGUUUGCGAGGCUCGUUCACCAUAUCAGGUUGUCUGCAGUAACGUGCUCUUCAUGAUAACCGGCUACGAUGCUUCACUUCUCAAUAAGACGACCAUACCAAUAAUUUUAGGACACGCGCCAGCUGGUAGCUCGAUCAAGCAGUUCUUCCACUACGCGCAAGGGCACAAUUCUAAGAAAUUCCGACAAUUCGAUUAUGGCUCUGCGGAGAUCAACACAAUUAUGUAUAAUCAGACUGAGCCGCCUGAGUACGCGAUCGAAAAUGCUUAUGUCCCUGUUGCAAUUUAUUAUGCCCACAAUGACUUGUUAACUGAUUACAGAGAUAUCCAAGACUUAGCAAAACGAUUGCCAAAUAAUCCAGUGCUGUACCAAAUACCCGAUGAAGCAUUCAACCACAUCGGUUUCACCUUCGCUGUAGAUGCGCCGAAUCUGCUCUACAAACCAUUAAUUAAUUACCUCAAGAACACGACUGAUACGUAACGAACAAAUGGUUGAAGUAGAUUUUAUUUUGGGAUUUCGCCUAAAAUAAAAGAAGUGCAUAGUGAUACAUUUCCUACCUAGUCACAUAAGACAUUUAUGUAGAUUUUAAGUAAUGGCGUAUACGAUAAUUAGCGCGUAAUUGUUAUACAUUAAUUUCCAGUAAUAACAAAGUGAUUGUUGCAUUCGCUGUUCAAAUUCAUUUCCAUGACAUUUAGUAAGCUCACAUCUGAUGUCAGUCGUUGAAGUUGAACUUUAUUCGAACAAAA